AGCUAGGCUUGCUAGCCAAGUGGAAAAUCCAAGAUGGAUGCCGCCGAGGAAAGCAAUAGUUUGAGCGAGCUUUGUCGACGUAAAAUUCCUUAAAAUAAUCACUAAACUCGCUUCAGAAACGUUGUUGGCAAGGAAAAAGUGCGUUGAAGAUACACGGGGGCCAUGGCAGUGUAUUUUGACCACCGCGUUGAGACCCCUGAAAAUAGUGAGGAGCCCUCCCUGUUGACGUGGCACUCGGCUCUCUCCAUACUGGCUGUGGCCUCACGUCAUUCCUCCAUUGGAGGAAAUGUGGACAUUUACCUCCAGCAGGGAGAGCACGUGGAGAGCUGCCAUAUUGAACGUCCUCACCAGCCCACAACGCUUUGCUGGCAUCCCGUAAAGCCAGUGUUGGCGCUGGGCUGGGAGAAUGGCGAGGUCAUACUACUUGUGCACCCCUCUGGGGAUCAAACUGUCCUGCCAAGCACACACACGGCACACAUCACGUUGGUGGAGUGGAGUAGCUCCGGCAGCCGCUUGGUAACUGGGGAUCAGACUGGAACUUUAGCUGUUUGGAAGGUGGAUGCCAGAGGGAGACUUCAAGGGAACCAUCAAGUGAAGCAUGCUUACAGCUCCUCGCUCACUUGCUGCAUCUUCAAGCCAGCCUCGCCUGGAGAUGAUGUGAAAAUGCUGGCCCGUGCAUCAGUAAGUGGCGAUGAGAACGCUUUGGACAUGUUCAGCUGGAAGGGUGCGCCUCUCAAGAUGGGACCACAGGAGGGUCUCGCCUUUUACGUCAGCACCGCAGAUGGUAAGGUAUACGGCGUGGAUGAACAUGGUAAAACAAGCACUCUCCUCAGUAUGGACAGUGCCGUCAAGAAGUUGUUUUUCCUUGCGACGAGGGAGGUACUUACUGUCAUCACUGACACCAUGAUGCUGUCACAGUACACUCUGGGCCCUGAGGGAGUGGCACAGGAAUUACAAAAGUUUAAGCUGAGCAGCAAGAGUGGACAGAACAUCGAUACUGUGUGUGCCAAAAAUGGUCUUAUCAUUACUGCAACAGGGGAGCAAGUCAUCAGGCUGUGGGAUCUGGAGCGAAACGAAAAUUAUGCUUUGUCGCUUGACGAGAGUCUGGGCUUUGAGCGGGGCGAAAUGAUCAACUGUGUUUCCUACUGUACGGGAAAAGAAAUCCUGGCCGGCGGCACCAGCCAUGGACGCAUAGCAAUGUGGAAAAUGGUAGUGCAUCCUGACCGCAAUAGAGGUGACACCAAAGCCCAGUGGAAGCUACAAACACCCACUGAAAUAGAAGGGAACGUCUCUCAGUUGCAGUGGGGGUCCAAUCUCAAUCUGCUGGCAGCCAAUAAUUCCAACACAGUAGUGAUCCUGCAUGAGCACGUGAUGUCAGCACACUGUAGCCAGCAGGUGGCAGCGGUGCAGCUGACGCCGACCCAGCUCAGCAUCACUCAGUUCCACACAGGACUGCACCUGGCUCUGCAGUCUGAAAUGCACAUCAAGGGAGUGUGUGUGACUAAGGAUUCAGCGACAGUCUGGAGUGGAAAACAGGUUACGGUCUUUGAGAUGUCAGGGCCAGCUCUACACAAUAAAGGAUCAUUCCCUUGUGACUCCCAUGUGGUAACUGUACAUGGUGAGAACCUAUACACUGUGGAACCAAACCGGGUCCAGAUCCGCACACCGCAGGGUACGGUAAAACAACUACUUACUUUCUCCAAGGCAGAGGGCAACCCAGUGCUUCUCAGUGUGUGCCAAUCUUACCUGGUGGUCGGCACAGAUACAUCACACAUCCGAGUUUUUGACCUCACCCGAAGGGAUGCUAAAGCUCACUGCAAUGCUAAGAACCUAGCGGACCAGAUUCCCAAUCUGGGAGCUCUGAGGUCGGUCAAAUGUAAUUCCAAUGGCAGCCAAGUCAGCAUCUUAGUUACACAGGUGAAUGGGCGACCCGACCAGAAAGUCUACUUCUACGACAUUGAAAUGGACACUGUAACACACUUUGACUUUUUCACUGGCAGACCAUCAAGUGGUAUCUCCCACUCUGAAGACAGCGAAAGGCAGCAAUUCCAAGAGAGUGAAGUCAGUGGUCGAUGCCCUGUGUCUCACUUCUGGGAUGAGAGUGAACCUCGUCUUUUUGUGUGUGAGACAGUGCCAGUCAGCUCUGAAACGUCGUCGUCUGGCUACUGGGACACGGUGGAUGUGUCAGUGGUCACCCUCUUCUGUACUCAGGAACACGGCCUUCUCUUGCAGGACUGCUUCGCCAAACCAGCGGGCCUUCAGGCCCUCCUUGCUCUUGAUGUGCCUUACUAUUAUUUCAGCUGCAAGGAGGUUUCCGCCACAUCAGCACCAGCAAACCAUAGCCAGUCAUCACGAGGCUCCGUUGCCCUCUUCCCCCAAAUGGUGUCCAGGCGUGCGCUCAGGGACUUUGAAGGCCUGGAGAACUGUGACAAGUCCACACGCGACGCUAUGCUUAACUUCAGUUUCUACCUCACUGUGGGCCACAUGGACGAAGCCUUCAAGUCCAUCAAACUCAUCAAGAGCAAAGCAGUAUGGGAAAACAUGGCACGCAUGUGUGUGAAAACCCGUCGUCUGGACGUGGCACAAGUUUGUCUCGGCAAUAUGGGAAAUGCCAGAGCAGCAAAAGCGCUGAAGGAGGCAAAGGCGGAGCCUGAACCAGAGGCCCACAUAGCAGCGUUGGCCAUUCAGCUUGGCAUGCUGGAGGAUGCUGAAAAGCUGUACAAGGGCUGUCAACGCUAUGACCUCCUGAACAAUCUCUAUCAGGCAUCUGGACAGUAUGAGAAGGCGUUAGAAAUUGCAGAGACACAUGAUCGCAUCCAUCUGCGCGCUACCUACUACAAUCAUGCACGCUAUCAGGAGUCCCUGGGUGACAAAAGCACAGCCCUGGCUAAUUAUGAAAAAUCCGACACUCAUCGAGUUGAGGUGCCCAGAAUGCUUCAGGAUGAUCCAUUGUCUUUGGAGAUUUAUGUUAACAGGAUGAAAGACAAGAAGCUGUACAAGUGGUGGGCCCAGUAUUUGGAGAGCCAGUCAGAGAUGGAUUCAGCUCUUGACCUCUACAAAUCUGCUCAGGAUUACUUCUCUAUGGUCCGAGUUCACUGCUACAUGGGGAACGUUCAGAAGGCAUCAGAUAUAGCCAUCGAUACAGGUGACAGGGCAGCGUCGUACCACCUGGCAAGGCACUACGAGGGUCAUGAUGACAUCAAACAAGCCGUCCACUUCUACACUCGAGCUCAGGCCUACAACAAUGCCAUACGACUUUGUAAGGAGAAUGGCUUGGACGACCAGUUGAUGAACUUGGCUCUGCUCAGUAACCCAGAGGACAUGAUGGAAGCUGCCUGUUAUUACGAGGAGAAAGGCAUCCACUUGGACAGAGCAGUUUCACUCUAUCACAAAGCUGGUUAUGUCUCCAAAGCUCUGGAAGUGGCCUUUGCUACCCAGCAGUUCGCUGCUCUUCAGAUGGUUGCCGAGGAUCUGAACGAGAACUCAGAUCCUGCCCUUCUGGCACGUUGCUCUGAAUUCUUUAUCCAGCAUUCCCAGUAUAAAAGAGCUGUGGAGCUUCUCAUUGCAGCCAAGAAGUACCCUCAAGCUCUAGAGGUGUGUGUAAAUGAGAACCUGACCAUCACAGAGGAGCUGGCAGAGAAAAUGACUGUGACUGAUACCAAAGAGUUGUCCGAAGAGGCUCACAAGGAGUUGCUGGAGAGGAUAGCGGAGUGCUUUGUGCGUCAGGGGAACUACCACUUGGCCUCCAAGAAAUUCACUCAGGCCGGAAACAAACUCAAGGCAAUGAGGACGCUCCUCAAGUCAGGCGACACAAAGAGAAUCAUACGUUUUGCCAACUUUUGUCGUCAGAAGGAACUUUAUGUCAUGGCCGCCAACUACCUCCAGUCAGUAGACUGGGAAAAUCCAGAGAUCUUGAAGACCAUAAUUUCUUUCUACACAAAAGGCGACGCACCACACCUGCUCGGUGGUUUCUAUGAAACCUGUGCACAGGUGGAAAUUGAUGAUUAUCGGAGCUAUGAGAAGGCUUUGGAUACUUUAAGUGAGGCGGUCAAAUGCCUGUCUAAAGCAAGGAAUGCAGACGGACAACAGGAGGCCAAAAUGGCCGAGCUGCAGCGUAAAAUCACCCUCAUUGAGCAGUUUGUUCAUGCACGCAGAUUAAUGCCAGAAGAUGCUGAUGAGGCCUUGAGAAUAUGUGGUGUCUUAUUGGAGGAGCCCGAGUUGGACACUGCUGUCAGGGUCGGGGAUGUCUUUAGCUUCUUGAUCGACCAUUAUUGUCAGCACGGCAAUUUCAAAGCGGCCUACAGCAAGCUGGAGGACCUCCAGAAGCUGAUGUCGUCACAGAAUAUCACAUAUUAUGUUAAACAGGCAAAUUUGGACGCCUUGCACAAACAGAUGGGUUUCACUAUGGAUUCUGGGGACCACAAAUAUCAUGAUAAGGAGGAGGAUGAGGUGGAGGAGGACCUGAACAUGCCCUAAAAACUCACAUGUUUAUCUAUAAAAUCCUAAAGAUUUGUUUAAAGAAAGGUUUAAACGUUGCCAGGACUUUGGUCACAAGAGGGCGCUGUUGUCUUAUGUUAAGCCACAAGACAGGCUGCAGAUUACUGCUGUGGUGCUGUCUGGACUGUAAUUGUAUAUUUUGUGAUACUGUAGACAAUAUUUUUCUUUGUUCUACAUCACCAAUGUAGAAAUAUAUUUUGUUUCUGUUUUGCAAAUAAAAUUCUCGUUUUGUGUUU